AUGAAAUCCCUUUCUCCUGCUCAAAAGAACCAGAUUCUUAACCUCCUUGAUGCAGGUCAAAUUGCUCACUUCAUUGCCUCUACCACUGGUGUUCAUGUCUCUACAAUCUCUAGACUUUGCUCCAAGGAGUGUUCUGAGCUCCAAACGUCUCUUGGAGGUUGUCCAUCUAAGCUUUCUCCUGCCAAUGUCCGCCAUGCUAUGCAUCUCAUCUCCACUUGCAAGGCGGAAAAUGCUGUCCAGAUCACCAAAGCUUUUACCAACAUCAUCAACCAACAUCUCUCCCCAAACACUGUCUGCCAGCACUUGAAAAAGACUGGCAUGAAGGCUGUGGUCAAGCGGAAACACCCUUUUCUCUCUGCCAAGCAUAGUAAGGCUAUCUUGGACUUUGCUCAUGCUCACAAGGACUAG